AUGGUGCGAUGCGACCGCGGGCUGCAGAUGCUGCUGACCACGGCCGGAGCCUUCGCCGCCUUCUCGCUCAUGGCCAUCGCCAUCGGCACCGACUACUGGCUCUACUCCAGCGCGCACAUCUGCAACGGCACCAACCUGACCAUGGACGACGGGCCCGCGCCCCGCCGCGCCCGCGGCGACCUCACCCACUCGGGGCUGUGGCGGGUGUGCUGCAUCGAAGGGAUCUAUAAAGGCCGCUGCUUCCGGAUCAAUCACUUCCCAGAGGACAAUGAUUACGACCAUGACAGCUCGGAGUAUCUCCUUCGCAUCGUGCGCGCCUCCAGCGUCUUCCCCAUCCUCAGCACCAUCCUGCUGCUGCUCGGCGGGCUCUGCAUCGGCGCCGGGAGGUUCUACAGCCGCAAGAACAACAUCGUCCUGAGUGCCGGCAUCCUCUUCGUGGCUGCAGGCCUCAGUAACAUCAUAGGCAUCAUCGUCUACAUUUCCAGCAACACCGGCGACCCAAGCGACAAGCGUGACGAAGACAAAAAAAACCAUUACAACUACGGCUGGUCAUUUUACUUUGGAGCCCUGUCCUUCAUUGUGGCCGAGACCGUGGGUGUCCUGGCUGUGAACAUUUACAUUGAGAAAAACAAAGAGUUGAGAUUUAAGACCAAACGGGAGUUCCUCAAGGCUCCCUCCUCGUCUCCCUACGCCAGGAUGCCGAGCUAUCGGUACCGGCGACGACGCUCAAGGUCUAGCUCGAGGUCCACCGAGGCCUCUCCGUCCAGGGCGGCGUCUCCGGUGGGCCUCAAGAUCGCAGGGGCCAUCCCCAUGGGCGAGCUGUCCAUGUACACGCUGUCCAGGGAGCCCCUGAAGGUGACCACCGCCGCCAGCUACGGCCCCGACCAGGAGCCUGGCUUCCUGCAGCUGCACGACUUCUUCCAGCAGGAGCUGAAGGAAGGCUUGCACGUCACCAUGCUGAACCGGCGGACCACCCCUGUGUGAGCCCCCCCCCUCUCAGCACCGGCCUCUCCCCAGAACAGCGGUCUCGAUCCCACAGGAGGGCAUCUGACCCUUAGGAUGGACCAACAAUGGACUGAAGCCAAAACCCAACCCUCCCUCGUCUCCAGAAAGUGUCGUGGGCUGGCUUGGGGUGAAGCUCGGGGGGACGGGAAUUGGAAGCUGAAGGCUGACUUUAUCCCCCCGAGGGGGCGUCUGAUGGCCCAGGAUUCUGAAAUCUCCGGAGGCUGCAUGGCCUUAACCAACCUGGGAAAGCAAAAUUGAGCCAUUAUCUCCUCUUGGAAAUAAUUCUUGCCAGAAGAAUGGGCUUUCAGAGCCCUCCCUCCCUCCCUGCCUGGGUUGAGGGGCCACCGGGAGAGAUUCACCAGGCACAUGGGGACCUUUGGACACUGGUCAGCUGCUGUGUCUGUGAGCAGGAAACAAGGAAGCCGAAACGUGCCCCGUUCCUGUCUGUUUCUUGCCCUCUCUCUAUCUCUCUCUCUCUCUUUCUCUCUGGCAGUGCCCAGUUGUUGAAAUAACAGUGAUCCUGAGGAGAAAGCCCUGUGGCCAACUGGUGCUUUGGCCUUUGUGCUAUCCUGGGGCCGGCUUCCCUCAACCUGAGGAGACCAGAGUCUGGAAGUUUCCAUGGGUCUGAAGGACAGUGUCCAUAUGGCCUCUUGCUGUGUCCCUCCCCACACUGACCCUCCUCAGAGCAGCUCUGUCCUUCCUCGGGGAGCAGAAGGGGCAGACCUCCAUCACCACCGGCGUUGGGUGACAGGAGCCUGAACUUCUGUUCAAGAAAGGGAGACCCGAGGGUGAACGGCGGCCAACACAUCAGAACAAACAUCCAUUUCCUAAGUGGUUAUUAAUCAUGACGAUCGCAAGUAAAGGCCAGGGGAGCGAGUUACCCUCAGUUCUUCGUCUUAAUGACGGCAGCAGCAGCCCCUCCCCCACACCCAAUAUUGUCAUUUAUCCUGCCACCUCUCUGAAGGGCUCAGGCGAGGGAGGUCGGGCAGUUUGGAUGAAAAGGCCACGCUGUGCUUUCCUUCCUCGUCACGAGAGGGACAUCUCAGCAUCUGCCUCCUCGGUUCCACACUGGACGUUUUCUUCCAACCACAACCUUCUCUUCCCGUCCCGAUGCAAGUGGAGAACACGGAAGCGUAUGUGGGUUCUGAAGAAAAACUUUCCGGAACAGGGAGCUCACCCUCUUUUAUAAAAAACACGUGCUUUCUAAAGACAAAAUCCUUUCUUACUUUUUGAGACUUGGUCAUCCGAUCUCGAGCGGUCGUCUGUGGGCCCGGUAGCUGUCAUCCUUAGAAGUGACAAGUGAAUUCUUACCUCAGCCACCUGCUCGCCGACCCCCCUGGGCGGACUCAGCCCCUAGGAGUCGAGAUCUGGGUCAUGGUCAUCACCAUCAUCCUUCACCCCCAGAGAGAACAUCGCUCCGGGGACCCCUCACCUGACUGCCCGGGAACGCCGGCCAGCUGAGGCGCGGUGUGCCGGGGACCCUUUGCGCUUGCUCGAAACCCCUUCCUCCCAUUGAGGUUGGCUUUGUGUGGUGGUUUGUCCAAGCAUGUGCAGCAGUGAGUGCUGGAGCGUCAGGCUCGUGGCCUGCCCUGCUGGGGUCCAACCCCAUCCCGUCCCGCCCCCACCCCUGCCCUGACCGCCCUGGGCGCCCCAAUCCCCUACCUGUGACACCAUCUUACCAGGCUCGAAGGAAAGGGGGCAACCUCUGGGAACCCAUCACCCAGCAAGGUCCCCAGACUCUUCUGUCACUUCCCAAAGCAAGGCAGCCGUGCUGUUUCUUCCACAUAAGUCACCUCCACACCUGCUGCCCUGGAAGUUUCUAUCAUUUCAUGGAGAAAGCUGUUGUUCCAAUGAAUCCUACCUCUCGCCCAGUCCCAGGCAGAGAAUGUGGGGCCCACUCUAGGGACCAAGAAAGCGUAGAAAGAAGCAACAAGGAAGGACAGGAGAGCAGGGAACAGAACAACCUCAGAGCCCCUGGUCUUCAUAGCCUUUCUCCCCACCCCGCCCCAGGCUCCUGGACCCCCUGCCUGGUGUGCCCCUCCUGCUCACGCCCCUCAGCCAGGGACGCCUGGGGAAGUGGGCGGAGCUAGCUCCCUGCCACCUGUCAGUCUGAGACCCUGCGGAGGGGGACGCAGUGGCCUGUGCCCACCUCCUCCCUUCCCACCACCCUCCCCAACCAGCCCCUGUGUGUUUCGCCAGUUAAGCACCUGUGAUUCCUGUACCUACUACUGGUUUGGGGUUGUUAGUUCUGUCUUUUUUUUAAUUAAAUAAAAACCUUUUUAAAAUGUU